AUGCAGAACACGAUCUAUGUUGUUACUGGAACCAACAAAGGCAUUGGUCUUGGUCUGGUCAAGAACCUGUUGACGAGAUCAUUUACAACAGUUGUCGCGUCCGUCAGAAACGAUGAAGCUGCUGCUUCACUAAAAUCAAGCAUUCAAGAUGUCAACACGGGCGAUGGUAGCAAACUUUUUGUCAUGUUGCUCGACUUCAACAGCGCUCCUGAUCCUACUGCGGUUCGAAAAGCCUUUGAUGCAGCGACCGGUGGCGCCCUUGACCGGGUUGAUGUUCUCAUCAGCAACGCUGCCGCAGCCUUUGCAGCGUCGCCUUCGAUUGUGACCAGCGCUGAGGAUCUCAGGAGCGCGUUUGAGACCAACACCGUCGCACCUUUGAUGGUAUUCCAGGGUCUGUGGCCUUUGAUGAAUAGACCGCAAGGAGCAGACGGAUCCUCUGCUAAAUUCAUCGGAAUCACGUCAUCGCUUGGAUCCAUUGAAGAAUUGGAGCCCGUUCCUGCAGGUGCUUAUGGUCCCAGCAAGGCUGCGCUUAACUGGUUGAUCAAAUCGUUGCAUGUGCAGCAUGAGAAUUUGAUCAGUGUGGCUGUUCACCCUGGAUUUGUGCGGACAUCCAUGGGUGAAAAUGCUGCGAGGCAGUGGAACUAUGAUCUGAAUCGACUAGACACGAUUGAGAGCUCCGUCACUGGAGUUCUCCAAGUCGUCGAUGGAGCGAGUCGUGAGUCCACGUCCGGAAACUUUGUCACGCAGACAGGUCAGAAGAUUGCGUGGUAG